CAACCUUAAUUGAAAGAAAUUGAAAAAGUACUAUAUAUUAGGCAGGUAUGUUUUGUAUAAGCUAUAUUUAAAACGCUUAGAGUCCCAAAAUCUCACUCAAAAUUAGAACUCUUGCCAUCUGAACCAUCAAUCUCUUGGACUCGAAACUAAGAGCCAUGGCAAAUGAAAAGCAACUAAUAAUGCUAGAUUAUUGGACAAGUAUGUUUUGUAUGAGGGUCAAAAUUGCAUUAGCUGAGAAGGGCAUUACUGAUUAUGAUUGUAGAGUAGAGGAUCUUAUGAAUGAUAAAAAAAGUCCACUAUUGCAAGAAAUGAACCCGGUUCACAAAAAAAUUCCUGUUCUUAUCCACAAUGGUAAACCCAUUUGUGAGUCCAUGAUAAUUGUGGAGUAUAUUGAUGAAGUUUGGAAGGGCGAGUGUAGUUUCUUGCCGUCUGAUCCUUAUCAAAGAUCUCAAUCAAGAUUCUGGGCUGACUAUGUUGAUAAAGAGUUUUAUCCGGCGACUUUGAAGUUAUGGAAAUCAAAGCAAAGCACGGAAAGAGAGACAGGUAAAACAGAGUUCAUAGGAAGUCUGAAGUGUCUAGAGGAACAACUUGGAGAUAACUGUUAUUUUGGAGGUGAUAGCUUUGGAUUUGUGGACAUUGCACUUUUUCCAUAUUACAGCUGGUUUGGAGCAUAUGAAUGUUAUGGAAAUUUCAGUGUAGAGGCAGAGUGUCCGAAGCUCAUUGCAUGGGCAAAACGGUGUGAGCAAAGAGAAACUGUGAAAAGUUCUCUUCCUGAUAUGCAAAACCUUUCAGAAUUUAUUUUGGGAAUAAGGAGACGACAUUUGGGAAUCUGAGUGGUCAGAUGUGAUCACAUUUCUAACAACUACUAAUAUAUUACAUGAAUAAACUUGCAAGACCAUGUAUCCAUCAGUUUAUGAAUAAUAAAAGAGUAGUAGAUGCAAGUUUACUAGCUCUUGUAAACAAGAAUGUGUCAAUAGACCUUGGCUCAAUUGAUGUACAUGGAGGACUCUUCAUGGGGAUGACUACAAAGGUGGUAGCAUGCUUGCUCACCAACCUAGGUGGCAUGUGACAUGGCACAGAGCAUGGCACAGUCAUAAGAGUUCUAGUUCUAUUAGGACUCAUAUCUUUAUUGUUUUUCUAGUUCUAUUUGUCUUAGGAAUCAUGCUUUUGCCUACGUUUUUAAAACGAUGGAUUUUACAUGAUUCAAGGAGUCUAGGGAGUAUAGGACUUAGGGACUUGUCCUAAGCCUAUUAGGGUUUGGUUUAUGUUUACUAUUAGGAGUAGUUUGUUUGUUUCCUACUAGGUUUAGCUUAAUUAAACUAGUUUGUUUGUUUACAAAUCUUCUUGAGUGUUGGUGGCUUUGCCUUUAUACAUUCAAAACCCUUAGAUUUAUUCCUUGUGGUGGCUUUGCCUUUAUCAUUGAAUAAACUAAGAUCUAUCCUGGUUA